GCAAAAUCCAUCUGGACUACAGACAUGCUGAGCUUCUGUUAAAUAUAUUAAAUUAAAAAUACCUUCAGUGAACUUUUUUUUACAAGCAUUCUUCCUUUCUCUUUUACUUUUACAAAAGCUAUUAGUCACUGAUAGUUGGUGCCAAUCAUCUGGUGUCUUUUUUGUCUGCCUGACUGGACAACUGCAGCGAUGGCUUUUUCAGCUGUUACUUAUGCUAAAGGAAACUUUGGAAAGGUCUAUAAAGUAACAUUUGGAAAUACCCACGCAGCUCUUAAGAAAGUGCCUUCCACUGCUGUAUCUAAAAAAGAAAUUCAGAAAGAGAAAAAUAUAUAUUGUUCACUGAGUCAUUCCAAUGUGGUAAAGCUCCUGGCAGAACCCUGGUUGGAUUCUCAGGGCAUGUGGAAUAUCCCAUUGGAAUUAAUCUCUGGGAAAACUCUGGAAAAGAUUAUGUUUAGUCCACAACCAUGCAUGCAGCUAACAAAGCCUGUCAUGAUCACUAUUAUCAAAGGCAUGUGUGAAGGCCUCACUUAUAUGCACAGCAAGAACAUCGUUCACCAGGACCUCAAGCCUGACAACAUCAUGGUGGAAUACAACACUUACCGGGCCGUCAUAAUUGAUUUAGGCCUCGCCAGAUUCCAAAAGAACGGGUUCUGCUUUGGUGUAGAAGGAGGCAAUUUGUGUUACUCUGCCCCGGAGAUUUUCCAAGGGAAACACAGAGACCAGUACUCUGAUGUGUGGGCAAUGGGUAAAAUCAUAGCAGAGCUCCUGAUCGUGCCCAGAGCGAGACUCCCUCCAACCAUCAGCACUAUCUAUGUGUUUGGAGCCAUGGGUAUGAAUCCAUACAGUUUCCCUGUCUCUAGAAUGGUGGACGGAUUUGUUAUGUUCAGACCUACAAUGCAACAGAUCUUAGGAGAUAUUCUUGAAGCAGGGAAGAGGUGGAUUAGGAUUAGCAGCAUUUUAGGAAAUAUAGGAAUAGCUAUGUAA